UAGGCCCCUCCCUCCUCGGCGCCCGGCUGAGGAGCCGCCGCCGCCGUUUCCGGAGCGCAGCCGUCAAGCGUCCGUACACGGGUCGAGUCAGUGAGAGGCGGAACGGGCCUCGCUGCAGAGUCCGGCCUGGCUGGGAGGACUCGGCAGGAAAUGACCUAGAGGCCUUACAAAUACAUUUCUGCAUUCUUCAGACUCUACAAUCAAGAGACGCUCGCUCUGAAAGUACCACUUAACUAAUGUUAAAAGGAAACUACCUCAACAUACAGAAGGGAAGGCAAAGAAGGCUUGCAAUAAAAACACACACUUUCUGAAUAAUGUGUACUUGCAAAGUCUCCAGGAAGCAAACUUGUCUUUUUUUUCAGUAUUAAGAUGGGAAAGUCAAAGCAGUUUGAUUGACGGGCUCCAUCAAACCAUUAAGCUAUUUGAUCUGCUGAUGUGAAGGCUCAGUAGUUCUUUAAGGAAAGACUUGCUCUGUGUUAACAAUCACUGUUGAACAGUGGUUUUGCUCUUCCUCCCCUGAUACUAACUGAAACAUUUAUUACUAUGAAAUUACUUUUAGAAAGAUUGUUAAAGUUUGUUCAUUCUAAAUUAAUGUUAACAUAAGGUGUCAAAAAUGCAUUGGCAGGAGAACUGGAACAGACAGCUUUUUUUGCCUCAUGCUUUGAAAUUGUAUCCUGAGCACAUAGUAGAAUGCUAAGCAGGAAACAUACAGUAUUUUUAAGCUACCACAGCUUGCUUUUACAAUACAGUUUGCAACUGCAGCGGUGCUGCAUUUGAGCACUGAAUAGUACAAAGCCAGCAGAUCUCCUGCCUUCCUCACUGCUGAUACGAAUUUACCUACCUUUUUUGUUUCUGAAAUGCCUCUUACAAGAAUUAUGUGCAUACACUUCUACUCUUCUACUACUGCUUAGUAUACAUAGAUAUACUUCUGGGGGAGCAAGACUCGAGAGUAGAUUGUUAAUUCAAGGAACCUUUGGACAAGUAUUCCCUUAUGUAUUGCUGCAGUGCACAGGAAAGUAAAAUGGACUAUAAGAGGCGCUUUUUGCUUGGCGGGUCCAAGCAAAAAGUGCAGCAACACCAGCAGUAUCAAAUGCCAGAGCUAGGCAGGACCUUGAGCACGCCUUUAGCAUCUCCAGCCACGACAUCCCCUCUGGUUUCCCCGGCUGCUGCUGGCGGCUGCAACCAUGCUACUCCAAUCGCAGACAUCCAGCAGGGAAUCUCCAAAUAUCUGGAUGCACUCAAUGUAUUUUGCCGUGCGAGCGCUUUCCUUACAGACCUUUUCAGCAGUGUGUUUCGGAACUCGCACUAUUCUAAGGCAGCUAUGCAACUGAAAGACGUGCAGGAACAUGUCAUGGAAGCAGCAAGUCGACUCACGGCAGCAAUAAAACCAGAAAUAGCAAAAAUGCUUAUGGAACUGAGUGCUGGAGCAGCAAACUUUAAAGAUCAAAAGGAGUUCAGCCUACAAGACAUUGAGGUACUUGGACGAUGUUUCUUGACAGUGAUGCAGGUACACUUUCAGUUUUUAUCCCAAGCUUUGCAGAAGGUCCAACCAGUGGCUCAUUCAUGUUUUGCUGAAGUGGUAGCUCAGGAAAGGAAGAAUUCUAGUAUGGGUGAGACAUCCAGUCCAAACCCCACAACUGAGCUAGAAGAUGCUGUGCGAUCCUGGAGAGGAGCAGCAGAGGCCACAACACGGCUGCGAGAGAGAGGCUGUGAUGGCUGUCUGGCUGGAAUUGAGGUCCAACAGCUCUUCUGUUCUCAAAGUGUGGCAAUUCCUGAGCACCAGCUAAAAGAACUCAACUUGAAAAUAGACAGUGCUUUGCAGGCAUAUAAAAUUGCAUUGGAAAGUUUGGGUCACUGUGAAUACGCAAUGAAGGCUGGCUUCCACUUGAACCCAAAAGCUAUUGAAGCAAGUUUGCAGGGCUGCUGCAGUGAUGCCGAAGCCCAACAGGCUGGUCGGAGACAGACUCCUCCUCAGCCAAUCCAGUGUGAGCUCCCAACAAUUCCCAUUCAGAUAGGUGCUCACUUCCUGAAAGGAAUAUCCUUCAAUGAGUCUGCAGCAGACAACCUGAAGUUGAAAACGCACACUAUGAUACAACUGAUCAAAGAAACUGGGUACCAUAAUGGAGUGACCCCAAGGGAUGAUUCUCCUGUGACUGAAAUAUUGAACCAGGUUUGCCCUUCCACAUGGCGAGGAGCUUGUAAAACUGCUGUACAGUUGCUCUUUGGCCAAGCUGGGCUGGUGGUUGUGGACACUGCGCAGAUUGAAAACAAAGAGGCGUAUGCUCCACAGAUCAGUUUAGAAGGUUCCAGAAUUGUGGUUCAAGUACCAUCAACUUGGUGCCUAAAAGAAGAUCCUGCGACCAUGUCUCUGCUACAGAGAAGCCUGGAUCCAGAGAAGACUUUGGGACUGGUGGAUGUUCUCUAUACUGCAGUGUUUGACCUGAGUCGGUGGAAGGAAGGAAGAGAGCAAGCUUUGCCCUGCAUUCAGAUUCAGCUCCAGCGUGAGAUCUGUGACUUUGGGAGUCAUAUCGACUUGCCACAUGGAAAUGGAGGCAAAUCGACUGGUGGCUUGCAAAAGACUUUCUCCAAGUUGACGUCGCGGUUUACAAAGAAAACCUCCUGUGCAAAUUCGAGCAACAGUGGGAGCUACUCCAUUCCUAAUACACCUUCCAAAAACAUUUUUAUAGCUAACAACUCGGAGGACAAAGGAAAAACACCCAACAGCACGGACACACGGCUGCAAAGCAUUCUGAACAUUGGUAACUUCCCCAGGGCAGUAGAGUCGACACAGCCUGGGCAGAGCCCAGGCAACCAGACUCUCAAUGGGUUUUUUCUCGAGAGGCGAGACAACAGCAAGGGGGAUGGCAGCAAAGAUGCCAAAGGCAUGAAUUUACCAACUGACCAAGAAAUGCAGGAGGUCAUAGAUUUCCUCUCCGGUUUCAAUAUGGGCAAAUCCCAGCAGACCUCCCCACUGGUGAAAAGGAGGAAUUCUGUUGCAUCCUCUUCAGCUGCAGCAGAGCAGAAGCCUGCAGCCGUGCAGCAGCAGCCUCAGUCUUCAUCCCACACCCCUCUGCACCAUCUUCAACAAGGGCUGUCGCAGCAGCCGCAAAAGCAGCAACAGAUGCAGUUUUAUCAGCAUCUGCUUCAACCCAUUGGGCCCCAGCAGCAGCGUCCCCCUGGGAAGUGGCCAACCAAUUCCAACCAGCAGCCAGCCCAGACUGUUGGCCCGGGAUUGUCUCACAUGCAUCAGUGGAGCAGUCACGCCUUCUCUGAUCUGAGCUCCGAUCUGUAUAGCUUGGGCCUGGUAAAUAGUUAUAUGGACAACAUGAUGUCAGAGAUGUUGGGACAGAAGCCACAAGGACCUCGAAACAACACGUGGCCAAACCGCGACCAAAGUGAUGGAAUCUUUGGGAUGUUGGGAGAGUUCCUACCUUUUGACCCGGCAGUUGGCUCUGAUCCAGAGUUCGCUCGCUAUGUGGCUGGGGUCAGCCAGGCCAUGCAACAAAAAAGGCAAGCACAGCACUUCCGUCGCCCCAGCAACGCACGUAGCAACUGGCCUCAUCCUGAUGACCCUCACAGAACCUGGCCCUUUCCUGAGUAUUUUACAGAAGGUGAGAUGACCAGCAGCUGGUCGGGUACUCAGGGUGAUUCUGCCAGCUCCAGUGAUGAGACCUCUUCUGCCAAUGGAGACAGCUUGUUUUCCAUGUUCUCAGGGCCAGACAUUGUUGCUGCAGUCAAGCAAAGAAGAAAACACAGCAGUGGUGAGCAAGAUCCCACCACACUUCCAUCACCGCCACUCCUUUCAACAGUGGAUGAUCAUAAUCAGGACAACAAAACCAAAACCUGGCCUCCUAAAGCCCCUUGGCAGCACACACUGCCAAGUCAAAGCAUGUCUUUGUACCAGAUGAGUAACCCUGCUAGCCAGUGGAAUGACACCAUGCAGAUUCUGCAGUCACCAGUUUGGUCAACAGCCAACGAUUGCACUCCAUCGACAGGAAUCGCCUCCACUUUUGCCUAUGCGCAGCAACAGCAACAAUCACCACAGCAGCAGCAGCAGCCGUCUCAGCACAAACCGAUGAAUAAGGGCUUUAAACCUUUCCCAGUCAAGCACGAACGUAGACCAUCCUAUAUGCAUCAGUACUGACCCUUCCCCCCUCCCCCCCCCAGCAAGACACAGCAGCAGAGGACCAAAGUCUUCGACAUGAUGAACAUUCGUUUGUUUUACAGUUGUGCGGUGGUGGCUGUCUUCUGGUUGUUCUGUGGAGUGACAGCUUCUAGUGGUGGUUUCUCUCUCAGUGCUGAGCAUAUGGUGCCAAGAUAUUAGGUGUACACACAACAGCCCUAAACUGUGAUGCUUUCAAAGCGUGUGGACUUAAUUUUUAUCCUGCUAAAAACAAAACAACAAAAAACAAACCCUGCUACAUUAUUACCACAGAAAACACUGUAUUUUAUAGCUAUUUUUUCAUAUAGAUUUAUAGUUACCAUUUCUUGCUAAAAUGAAUUUUGAGUACUUUAAGGCGAAUCUCGCAGUCAGUUUUGCUCAACACUCAUCUUGUUUAGAUUUCUAACUGACAAAAGAUUAGAAGAAAGGCUUCACGCAGGUUAACUUAGGCUGCUGAAACUUUUUUUAAAGAACUGCAUUGGUUGUUAAUGUGCCACAUGAGCUUUUUGUAACAGCAGUGGCUCAAAGGCAACUGCAAAAAACUGAUCUUUCCAGUUACUUUAUUCAUGCAAAAAUAACAAAAACAGCUGGAACUGUUCCAGUUAGGUUGCAUGUGACUGGCCAUUCAGUGGGCCCAAUCCACCUGUAACCUAUGCUCAAGCCCCACAAAGCUAUUCUUGGUGGAUUGCAUUCAUCUGUGGGUUCUCACUAUGUUUGAAAUACACAAUUUGAUACUUUUACAUUUGGCCAAAGGCAUUAUCCAUACAGUGCUCCUUAAAUGUGUGAAAGAAUAGUUAAGACUACUUGCAAAUAUUUAAAGUCUUAUUUCAGUGCUAGACUUAGUGUGUAAACAUGAGCUGGCUCAGAAGAGGGAGAACUUAAAAACACUAUUUUUUGUAGUGCUAAGAAUUAAAAGUUAACUACUUUCAGUCAAUAUGUGCCAUUAAAUAAGUGAACCUGUGGAAUUAGGAACUAUCUUCCAACCAAAGUGGAUCUGGGGGAGUGACUGGUGCUUAAAUUGAAAAAAAAGGUAAAUAUGUAUAGUUAUCCCAUUGUAUAUUAAUUGAGGCAAGAGAAGUCUUUAUAAAAAACCUAUUUAAAUUUUCAUAUUUCAUCUUUGGAAGAGUAAUUAUAAACCACAAUAUUUUCUGGUAUAAAGGUUUUUGACAGUAUUAAUAUUAUUUUUAUAUUUUCUUAAGUCAUAUCAUUCUAAUACAUUGACAAGUAAAAUGGGUUAUUAGUUAUAAAUGCAUAUAGUUUUUUGAUGAAGAUAAAAGCACAUUUAAGUUCCCAUUUUCUACAAACUAAGUACAUGUGUAUAUUAAAGAUACCAAAUUAUAUAUAAAUGAAAAAAUACACAACACUAACAGUUUGGGUAGGGAGGGUCAAAGCCCCCUCCCCCACCUCCUGCUUGUGUAGCAGUGGGCCAUCUUGGCAGGCCUCGAAUGUUACUCUUUGUGCUGGUUGAAGAUGCCAAUGUUGCCUGUAUUUAUGAUAUUGUCACCAUGUUCCCCAAAAACCCACCCCUUACCAUGUUUACAGAGUUGUUUGCUGUGCAUAACUUUACAGUCAUGUGCUUUGCACAGUCUGUGUGGCUUCUGUCUGUAAAUUGUUAAUGUUCUGUACCUUCUGCUAAAAACAUUGGUGAAUUUAACAAGUGGUUAUGAGUUUCCUCAAGUAUGCCAUUGAAAACUUAUAUUGGACCCUAAAGGCUACUGCAGUUGUUUACCACAAAUCAAAGUACAAAUCUUUGCUGUUUCUCUUUUUGAAGUUCCCUGAAAAGCAUCUAGACAGCUUUUUUUUUUUUUUUUUGCAAUUUAGUGGUAAAUGCAAGCACUGGCAGUUUUCUAAAAUUGGAGUGAAAAGUGGAAAUACAAGUUAAUCUGUUUGUCUCGUAGGUGCUAUGUCAUCCUCUGCUUCCAACCAUGCUGAACACUGGUAAUUUUUCCACGUUUAUGUGCACUUGGCACCCGAUUCUUGCCAUACGUUUCACACUGCCAGGUGCAAAGGGGUUUGGUGCUCAGUUAACUUACCCUUAUUGCAACACUCCUGUGAAUAGCUCAUGCUUUGGAACUGGAACUGUAUAUUUUGUAUUUUAAUUUUGAAGCGCCUGUAAUUAAAGACAAAAAACCUAUUUGCUUUAAUAAAGAUAUACCUUUAAUAAUAGGUUAUAUCUUGUUAAACUAACGUUUCUGCUGAAGAUAACUUGCAGCUUGACAGGUACUCAUCAUUAUCUUCAGUAGACUUGUUUUUCUGUUAUCACAGAUACUGUUGAGAAAUCCAAAAUGGCGCAUUACCUAAGAUGAAAAGUGUGCCCCUUACCUUGUAAACCUACCAAUGACGACUGCAAAGAGGUUGCAAAGGCUUGUGGGUCCACAACUGGAGAAAUACCAUCAGCAGCUGUGAAAAUCCAAGGCAUUCAUGCAUUUGAGCAUAUAAACCACAUAGCUGUCUUCCCACUGGAAAAAAAUUAACUCUUCCUGUCAAGAGUAUUUCUUGGAUCCUAGGUUUGAUUGUUCAGGAACUGUUCAAGCCUUUAUGUAAGAUUUUGUGUCAUAUCCCAGCCAUUCUGCAGUUCUUGUUAACAUUUUUAAAUGCUGCUGUUCGUUGGCUUCUGAACAUAGCAGUAGUGGAGGAAUGGGAUUAGUUUACAAUGCAGGACUCCUUUUUAUACCAUAAAGGAUGUAUGGAUAGAUGUGGCUUGUUAAACAUCUGAUGAAAGCGUAUUAUUGAGAGCAGCAGCAGUAGUAAUGGCAUCCCUGAACCACCUUGGCAUUUUUAGCAACUGAGUACUUUUUAUAAAGCAGGAAUUUCUCCUUUAUAGAAGGUGCUAUUGGAGAUAUCAUUUAGCAGCUUUAAAAUAACUGGGUAUGAGCUAUGCUCCUGGGGGAAGAGAGCCCUCUCCUAGAAUACAUGUGUUCCCGUAUUAGGAGAGCAACAACCAACUGGUAGUAUGAAGCAAGGAUGUUCCAUCUCCUACAUAGCCAUAGACCAUGGCUAUGCUAAAUUCGCCCACUGCCAUCUUGAAAGGAUGCUGCCGCCAGCCACCUUAAAUAGUUACUGGAAUUCUAAAUGGGGGAAAGUCACUACUGAGCCCCCCUGGGCCAGCUGCUUGAAAAAAAGAUAUACAAUGCCAAAAUAUCAGAUUUGCUUAGAGGUUUAUUGUUGACCACAUUAUGUAGAUUCAGUGAAUAAAAAUCAAUACAGCUUUUUAUGGGAAAGGAAAAUAUUUCAGUUCAGUGUUGCCCUCUACUGGUAGCACAGCAUAAUUAUGCCACUGUUUGAAGAAACAAAGCACUUAACUUCUCUUCGGUCUAGCUCAUGGCUUCUUGUACUGAAUAUCUGCGGUGCAGUCUUAUCCCUCAAAUAGCAAGUCAUUACAGCACAUCUCCUGCUCCUUACUAAUUACAGAGCAGGCUUAACACUUCUGCACAGCAUUCUAACAAGUGUGCUUUGCAAACCUUUUAUCACACUUUUAGAUAGCAUACAAUGCCUCAUCUUAAUCCUAUGUGCACUGCCACUUUCUGGAAGUACAAAAAGUUUAUUUACUGACAAAGCAGCACAAUUCAGCUGGAUAUCACUAAAGGCAUGGCAUUUUUUAGAACGCUCAUUCUUCCAGAUGGACAUCCUUCAUACUUUCUCCAGGCAGAUAUUUGUAUUCAGGCACUGUCUGCUGUCUUCUCUGUGCUGGGAGAUGGAGAUGCCUCAGCAAUA